AUCGGCUAGUCUGGCGUUCGCCACGUAUCGCAAUACGCUUUUUCCCUAAGGAACAGAGCAACUCUGAACGAACAUGUCACGCGUGCUUGUCCGCUUCUCCUCGCAGUGAUCGUCGAUAAUCGUCGCGGAGAGAAACCGGGUGGUCUAGAAUACGGAACGUGUAUCGAUGGCGAUCAACAGAAUGAUCGAGUACUCGUGAGAAUCGAAUGACAUCGCGUGAUCCUGCUUGUCGAGGAAGGAAGAACGGAUAAGAAACUCGAAUCGUUUGUUUCUGGCCUGUCUGUACAAUUUCUGUUAUAACAAAGCCGUUUUUAUUGAACUACGAGGAAACAACGAUGGUUCCAUGAUUUUUCAUGUGAAAAAUGUCGAAGAAUUCUUUCACACACGCUCGAGUUAUUUUCGAUGUCUUCUUCAGCUAUUGUUAGAGGUAUACAAGUGUUCGAGGCUGUGCGAGCGUGAAGUUUCUUAAUUCGUUCUACGUCCGAAAGCCACGAGCAGAGUGCAGUGCACCGACAUGAUAAUUGGUGGUUGUGAUAGUGACCAGGUGGAAUGAAUUGCCAUGUCGAGUCGCAAAUAAACAGGAAACGUGUCUUCGACGAAUAAAUGGUGAACAAUCAUCGCAUUCAUUUGUAAUAUCGAAGAGCAUUCGGAUAGUCUAAAUUUGUAUUUCAAUAAUCUGGAAGAUAUCUGUGCUCAGUAUUUCGUGUCUGAAAACAAGGCCGAAUAUAACUCGUCGAAUCCGACAGGAUCAUAAAUAAUAACGUAACACCGACGCGAUGGAACGAGUGGUCGUUUGACAAUCACGAGGCAAAUAUGUCAAGCUAGCAUUUGUCAUUGGCUCUCUGGCCAAUCUUAUCCUGAUUACGGGGUAGCCAAGAAUCCGUGGGACCCGGGAAAUCGUGGGGUCACUUGGGUGUCUGUCGAACGAGGCGCAUCACCGAAGAAAAAAGAAUACGAGACACUUUUCUACGACGAGGAAAUCACCGAAUUGGCUGUGUACCAGGGGACGAAACGAAGAAGAGCUCCCGCGGAAUCCUCGAAGGCAUCCCGCACGUAAAAAUAAACUGUGCCUUCUCGAAGCGACGCGAGCCGGUCGCGGGUUUCGACGAAAAACUUUUUAACGAGCACCCGAUGAAAACUACGCGGAAUCGUACGAAAGAGAGAUUACGAUAAAAAUAAGCGGAAACUAGCGGGGUCAAGAGACGUGCUCGUACGAGACACCUCGAGGAGUUCUGAAUAAAAAGUGAUCAUCCUCGAACAAAAAAAUUUCGUACAAGAAAUCACUGCUUGUAGAUGGAAAGAUGAGAUGCGUUGAUGAAGUUUAAGAUCGAGCUGUACCACGGUAACGAGAGAUUUCGUCGGUCCACACGUGGACAAAUUAUGGCGAGGGAAGAACAAUCCGCACUGAUUCACUCCUCGACAGUGGACAGAUUGACUGACGGCAAGGUGAGCGGCAAAAGGAAGUCGCGGUUGAGCGAUAGAAGACAAGAAUUCAUCGUCUUCGCAGUUGGGAUGCCAAGGUUUUAGCGAUCAGCCAAUAACGAGAAAAGUUGAUCGUCAUCCAGCUACCGACGACAUUGAACUCUACUGAGAAGUAUUCUUGAACCUCGCACUGAAGAAACGAUUGAAUAUUUGUAGAGAGAACGGGAAUAGAUCGAAUCGAUGAUCCUGUGGAAUAAUUAAAGCUUCCAGGAAGGAAAAAUGUCCUUUUGCAGGAUAACAGGAAGAAGCAGGGGUCUCCCCAAGCCGAAUUACUUUCCUCUGUUGCCACCAAUUAGCCCGGCUGACGCGAAACGAUUCUGUCGCAUCACCGGAAAGUCUUAUGGUCUGCCUACUCAUCAUUACAUUCCAGUUCUUUUGGGUGUUCACACUCACGACAAGUCAAAAUGCAAGAUCACGAAUGCUUCCGGUCUAGGACCGCAUCAUUACACUGCUGGCUUCGUUCUGGGAGAGAAAAAGAAACACGUGAUCCUCAAGGAUUACCGUUACGUAUUCCCUGUCCUGGAGGGCCAGGGUGAGCAACAGCAAGCCUUAAGGGACUUGAUGCACGCGAAGCAACCACCCGUGGAAGAACAGGAUGCAAAGUUCGUGUACACCGUGGAGGAACGACGGUGUAGCCUCGUGUUCCCGUCCAGACUGGAGGCUGCGGUCAGGGACGGGGAUGUUAAGGACGUGAUGCUGUCCAGAGACUGCGACACGGUACUGUUCAGACUGAAACAGGGCAAAAAUGUGUCUGUAGAUUUCAAGAACCUGGAGGAUUUCGAGAAUCUUUAUGAUGGACUGGGACCACGCGAAGAGGUGCUGAAAGAGAGGGAGAGACAUGAAGCUGAAGCUAGGAGAAGGAAGAGGAAACGGCAGGCUGGACUGAAUUACGCGAAGAAGAUCUUCGAGGAGAAAGAGAGAGCUGCCGAAGAGGAAGAAUUGAGGGAAACGAAACAACUGAGGCUGAGGAGUGUCAAGGAAGAAGUAAAAGAGGAGAAGAUUGAGACUUGGAAACACGUUGAUCUGGAACAGGCUAGGAUCAGAGCUUGCGACUUGAUCUCUGUGAAUAGUCCUUUGAAGGAUGCAGCAAAGGCUCUGCCUGAAACCUUGGAUUGGAAUUCCUUUCAGGAUACCGUCAAAUCACCCUUGCAGCCGGUGGUGGAUAAAUUACCCACCCCCGUGAAGGUGGAGCCUCAGAUAAUAAAGCAAGGCGCCGCGUCCUCGUGCACCAGCCCUAUCUCUGAAAGCACAGGUGGAUUCGAGGCGAUAUCCAUCGUCAAGCCGUUGACACCACUAAAAGUGGACCCGGACCCGGUUCUCCAGUCGGCUAUACAGAAUAUUCCAGCGAACGAACUGAAGGAGGUGUCGAACGUGAACGUGAAGCUUCUGCAGGCUGGCGAGGUGGCGCUGGAACAGUUGCCCCGAGUGGAGGAGAUCCCGGAGCUGGUGCAGAACCUCGGCAAGGGUAAGGAGACAACGAUCCACAAGAUUAAGGGUCUGAAAUUAGACAUUAAAUCCGCGCAGAGAUUUAUUACCGGCCAGACUGUGCAGACACCGACCGGGCCUAUUUUUGUACCUGGCCAGACUCUGCAGACACCUCAGGGUCCUGCGUUCGUUCCUGGCUUAACCGUGAACACCCCUGACGGUCCUGUUCUCGUUCCUGGACAGAUUUUGACCCCUAAAGAACAAAGCAACGAAGAUACACCUGUAUUCGUAGCCGGGCAAACCUUGCUAACGGAAGAAGGUCAUAGAUUCCUUCAGGGUCAGACCUUCCACACCAACGAGGGAGCCAGAUUCGUCCAGGGUCAGACUGUGCUCACCGAGGAAGGUCCAAAGUUUGUCGCUGGCCAAGUGAAGGAGGAUGGAACUUUCGUUCCUGGUCAGACAAUCAUCACUCCUGAUGGACCUAGGUUCAUGCCUGGUCAGACCAUCACCGAUCAUCGAGGGGAACAGGUGUUCGUUCCAGGGCAAAGUGUCCAGGUCGGUGAGUCCUGGGAAUUUGUCCCUGGACAAUGUCUCGAAACUCCAACCGGAGAAUCCAUGUUCGUUCCUGGACAAACUGUACCCACCAGUCGUGGACCACAGUUUGUACCUGGUCAGUACGUCACUACCAACUCUGGAGAGAAUCAUUUCGUGCCUGGUAUCGGGAAGGACACCGGGGAUCGGGUGGAGUUCGUGCCAGGUAUGACACUGGCCACUCCCAAGGGUCAGAAGUUCGUGGAGGGUCAAGUGGUGAAGACAUCAGAGGGCGAAAGAUUCAUGCCUGGACGAACUAUGAUCACGGAGGAGGGCUUCGAAUUCGCUGCGGCGAGCAAGUUCGACGAAGUGGUGUUCCACGAUGCUGGUCCAGUAGGUAUACCGGUCGAUCCGAAAACAGCCAACGUUUCCAUCCAGCAGAGCGAGAUCUUUGGUCACAUGGUUCAAACUGAGAGAGGCGUAGAAUUUUAUCCAGAGAACGUGAAGAAGCUACCCGAAGGAAAGAGAAUCGUUCCAGGUCAAUUGGUGCGCGGUGGAAAGGAUGGUCCUCGAUUCGUGCCCGGUGUCAUGGCCGAAGAUGGUUUCCUCCCUGGUCAGAUAGUGAUGACAGAGAAAGGUGAACAGUUUGUACCUGGCCAGGUGAUCGACACCAGUAGUGGGCCUAAAUUUGUUCCUGGCCAAAUGGUGGAGACUCGAACGGGUGCCAAGUUCGUCCCUGGUCAAACAGUGGAGACCGCCGAUGGUCCACGCUUCGUUCCUGGUCAAAUCGUCGAGACUAAGGUUGGGCCGACUUUUAUUCCUGGUCAGGUGAUAUCCACAGAGGACGAGGGGUCCAGAUUCGUGCCUGGUCAGGUAGUGGACACACCGGAUGGUCCAAGGUUCGUCCCAGGACGCGUUGUGGAGUCUGGAGAGCUGGGUGUGACCUUCGUACCAGGUCAGAUCGUUCAAACGGAAGAAGGUCCGCGUUUCGUUGCUCCAGACUUAACGGACACACCUGAAGGAGAGGUGGAGUUCUCUGUUCAAGGAUUCGAGGUCACGCCUGAGGAGUUGCGACUGCUGAGGCCCCAGCAUCUGCACUACAACCCCCAUAUUCAGCAUCAGGGUGAGGCGAGCAUAGACGCUAGGAUGCUACGACAGUUGUCGGAGGCUGGAUUAUCAGUAGGAAGAAAGGUCGCCACGGAUUUACCGGCCGUCGACGUUGACGUGGACCCGAAAGCGGCAGCUCUGGAACAGGCACUCGAAAUGGCGGAGAAACUUGGACUACACGGUGGGACCGCGGUGAAAAUGGCGCAGAUAGUAUCCACCGUUGCUCAGUUAGCUAAGAACAUAGCCGUUCAACAAGAGCAACAACUCGAGGAACAUUAUCUGGAAGCUAAAUUCAUGAACGGCAGAAAGUCUCCUGUUACCAUGAACGAUGAGAAAAACGGUGAUGAACGAGAGGACUCAGACUACCAGAACGAUUAUUGGUUGAAGAGUGCGAUAAAAACAGCAAUGUCCAGUGCAGUCCUGGCAAUCACAGGUCAGUCCAUAGAUAACGGUAACGAGUCGAAGCAAGACUUAGUUUAUUCUUCCAUCAGCGAAGCUUUCAACGUCCUCCUCCGUCAGAAGGACACCAGCAUAGAAGAAUCCGUGGAGGAGAUCCUGCAGAUACUUCUGGUGCCUCAAAAUCGAAGCAACUUGUGUCAGUCUACUCUACUCGAGCUCCUGGACAGCAAGAACAACAAGGUAGACAUUCUGAAAUCCACCAUCAACGGUCAUUCCUUGAAAGAAGAAGUGGUGCUCGAUAGAUUAUCUAUGGUCCUCGAAGAGGAGCAUGGUAUAGACUUAGUGGGGCCAGCAUUUAGAACCGUCUCCAGGAACGAUCCGAACCUGGUCUCUCGAGUGCUUCAAAAAGUAUCGGAGGAUGUUUCAGCGAUCGCCACCGAGAGGGACGCAACUGAAACUGUUCACAGAGCUAUCGUUCAUGCGGUCAGAGAGUCAAGCGAGAUUCGUGUACAGGAGUUACUGAACGAUCAAGGAGAGAAUAUUAGAGAAAUGCUUUUGCAAGCAGUAGGUCUAGCCAGAGCCCUGGGCAUGUCCACCACCGCGAGUAGCCUGUUGACGGUGAUCAGUGACGAGAAAUCUACCCGUGCUUUGGCCAGCGACAGAGUAACCUUGGACGUCCUGAAGAGGCUAACCGUGAUGAGACAGCUGGCAGAAGAGAGGCCACCUUUUAUGAAUGUGCUUACGCAACUGUGCAGUGACCCAGAAUUGGCUAGAACUGAUCCUAGACUCAGGACACUCGUCAGAGAAAGCGCUGCCUUGAUGAUCGUACCCGAAGAAGGACCACUGCAAUCAUCCGCUGACAUACCAAGCGCUCUCCUUCACGCUGAUAAUAGUUUAGCUAUGGAAGAGUUCCUUCUGAGAAGAAGUCACAAACCCUCGAGCAUCUUUAUGAUAUUGAAGCAAGGUAUACAGGCUGUGGUUCCCAGGGAAGCUUCCAGAUCAGUUCUCACCGGCGAGGUGGCUUACACAGUCCUCGACGAAGAUGGCAUUCAUCAUUUUGAACCCCUUCACGUGUUCACCGCGCUCCGACUCAAUCGUCCAACUGCUCAUCGUUUCUCCAUGUACUGUUGUCCGGUUGCUAAAGAGGAGGACGUGGAUGUGGAGGUGUUGUCCACGUUCACAGGGACCACCUCUAUCGCUAGCAGUCUAGACGGCUCGGGUACCGGGGUGUAUCAGAAGCAGGAGAGCAACGGUGUUGUAUUGUCCAAGUCGGAUCGAUCGUUUGGAUGUUCUGGUAGCAGGGAGAACACGCCGAGUCUCAGGAGAUUAAGCAGUUUCCAGCAAGACAAUAGCUGUGAGCGGAAAUCAUUGGACAACUAUAUCGUGGUGAAGGAGUAUAAAAGCGAUGGUUUCUUCGUGAACGUCGGCGACAUCGUCGAGGCCCUGGAAUACGCCGAUCCAGCAAAGAAAAUCAAGCUGGAUCCUGAAUUGGAGAUCGGCGAGAUCGGCGAAACGCUGGACAACUCGGCCGCCUGGCACAAAUUGUCCGUUCGACCGCGUCGAAAGUACGCGGAUUCCCGUGCACGAAGUCUCCCAAGAUCGAGCUCAGAAGGCAAUCUCCAGAGAGUGUACGUUCGUACAGCUGACUCAAGGGAAGGAUGGCUGCCCAUGUCCAUCUUGAUGCAAACUGCCCUAAGCGAGGAGUCUGCAAUUGGACAUCGACCGGAAGACUCGCGAUAUCGAAGAGAGGCGGUAGUGAAAGAAUUAGUCGAGACCGAGGAAGAAUUUGGCAGGGAUCUUCAGCUGGUCGUUGAACGUUACUUGAAACCACUCGAUAACCCGGAUGUUCCAAGGGUCGUCCGUGAUAACAAAGACAUCAUCUUCACGAACCUCAAGCAGAUUGCUGAUUUUCACAAUACGGUGUUGAUCGAGGGUGUCAAGUACUAUGCGGAUCAGCCACGUAUGCUGGGAAAAACUUUCCUUAGAUUGGAAAGAGACUUUGAUAAACACGUGGCCUACUGCAGGGACGAACCAGCUGCUCAAGAGUUCAUCCAGAUGAACGACGUGGUACGAGAAUAUUUUGAGGAGCUGAGCCAGACUCUCCGUGACGACAAAAGUCUAUCGGAACACUUGAAGCUUCCGAUACAACGCAUAAACGACUACCAGCUCCUGCUCAAGGAGCUGGUGAAGUAUUCGACCCGACUAGGCGAAAAUUGCGACGACCUCCAAAAGGCUUUGGAGUUGAUGCUAGGUAUCCCUCAUAGAGCGACGGAUAAUAAGUUUAUAAGUAAUAUCGAAGGUUACAAAGGGAAUAUCCAUAAACUUGGAAGAUUACUCACGCAUGAGUGGUACACGGUAAUCGACAAAGACGGCAAAAACAAGGAAAGGUAUCUGUUCCUCUUUAAGGCUCGCAUACUCGUCUGCAAGGUCAGACGAAUAUCAGAAGACAGAUCGGUUUUCGUCCUAAAGGAUAUCAUUCGACUACCUGAAGUAGAGGUGAAGGAUCAUCCAGAGGACAUAAGGUCCUACGAGUUGCACAAUCCAGCGAGUCCUGCGUAUCCGAUUACUCUAGUAGCUCACAAGGAUCCUGUAAAAGCCUAUUGGUUGAAGGAAAUCCGACAGUACGCGAGCGAUGUGGUAGCACUCGCCGAACACGCUGCAGACGAUCUACAAUUAACCGAAGUACCAGAAACGAAAGAGGAAGUCAAGGCGAAUCCAGGUCCACAGAAGGUUGAAGGAAAUCCAGGACCUAAAGCAGAAGGUAAUCCAGGACCGAAGAAGGUUCAAGGAAACCCAGGACCAAAUCCUGAAGAGAGGUCUGUUGAGAAGAGGAACCCGGGAAAUCCAGGAAAUCCAGAUAAUCCUGAAGCUAAGAAGGCUAAAGUCGAAGAAGAAGGCGCAGACAUGUCGCGAAGAUACUCGUCGAGCCGAUACAGCUCUUCUUCAAAAGUUGUCGAAGAGUAUUCUGCGGUAUCAAGUAGCCGCAGUGCUUAUGUGGAAUCCAGCAGCGGGGUGAAGAUGGAGUCUAGCUCCAGCUCUUACCAAGCUGGUAGCGCUAGCUCUGUAGAAAGCAGAAAUGCAGCAACGAUCAGCCAGGGUGGUGUUACCUCUGCUGUGGAGACCAAAACCGUAGGAAAAAUCACCCAGGGUGGAAUAGGGAAGCCCACCUUUGUCAAGACCCUCCAGGGCAGCAGUGUUGAACCGAUACCAGAAAAUAACGUGGAAUUGAUACAAGCCGUAGCUGGAGAAAUGGCUGUUUUCGAGUGUACUUUGCUGCAAACCGAUUCAACUACCAGAGUGCAAUGGCUGAAGGACAAUAAACCCUUAGAAGAUAGACUGGCAGACCGAGUAUCAGCUUCUGCAACUGGGAAAACCUUCAGACUUCAAAUUCAGAAUGUACUCGAAUCAGAUUCGGGUAUCUAUAUUGCUAGGGCUAUGAACAGCGAUGGACAGUCUACUUGCACGGCCCAACUGAUCGUACAGAAACUUACUCCUGAAGAGAAGAAAGCAAGAGCGGAAGCCAAUGCACCCAUCUUCCUGGUGCGAUUGAAGGACACUGAACUUCUGGAGAACACUUACCUGCGCUUCAUGGUUAAAGUAAAAGGAGAUCCAAAUCCUGACAUGAAAUUCUUCAAAGAUGGUGUACUGAUCGACGCGAAUCAUCCUCGCGUAAAGAUCGUCACCGAACAAGCGGACAAAGGCUUCUACGAGCUGGUGAUAUCAGAUGUCCAGAAACAAGACGCUGGCAAAUACUCUUGCACCGCGAAAAACAAAUUCGGCGAGGCAUCCUGCGAAGCAACGGUAACUGUGUCCGACGACAAGAUGCUCUACCUCCCUGAGGGCUUCCUGGAACCCGGCAUGGAGCCACAAUUCACAUGGUUGCGCGAUGGUAAACCAUUCGAUCCUGAAGAACGAUUCAAAGUGCUGUUCCAGGAUAACGAGGAUACUUUAGCUCUCGUGUUCCAACAUGUAAAACCUGAAGAUGCUGGCCUGUACACUUGUGUCGCUCAAACUAGUACAGGAAACAUCAGCUGCAGCGCUGAGCUGACUGUCCAAGGAGCAGUGAACCAGUUGAUGAAAGAUCCGGAAAAGCCAAAGUUAGAAUCAGAAACGCGAUAUUCGGAGGCGAGCAUCGGCGGAUCGGCAAUGUUGGAACUGCAAAUCAGGGGAUAUCCAAAGCCAGACAUCAAAUGGACCAAGGACGGCCAGGAGAUCGUUGCCGGUGGCAGAUACAAGUACCUUUGGGAGGAUGAGGAAUCCAUGUCUCUGGUGAUCAAGAAAGUCACCGCCAAGGAUGCGGGUGUCUACACCGUCAGGGCGAAGAAUGAACUUGGCGAAGACACCACGCAAAUCGAGCUGAUCGUGAAGUCAGCACCAAAGAUCAUUAAGAAACAGGGAGACCUGACUGGCAUCGUAGAAGAAACAACCACGAUGACUGUACAAAUUGAAGCGACCCCUGCACCUGAGGUGAAAUGGUACAAAGACGGCCAAGAGAUUAAGGAGGACAAUCGUAUAAGCAUCACCAAAGAAGAGAACGAUACUUACAAGCUGACGAUAAAGAAUUCUCGCUUGGACGAUGCUGGAUCGUACUCGAUAGUAGCGCGUAACGAGGUCAAUCAAACGACAGAAAUAUGGAGAUGCAAAGUGAUAAGUCCACCGAAGAUGACGAAGAAGCUGGGUGAACCACAGAUCCUCGAAGAGGGUGAUACUCUUACGUUGUUCGUAGAAAUCGAGUCUCAGGUACCACCUAAUAUCACAUGGUACAAAGACGGACAGGUAAUUAGCCAAGACAGUCGCAUCAAGAUGAUUCAGGAAGGCGACAGGUAUAUCCUGAAGAUUACGGGUACAGUAGGCGAGGAUGCUGGCAUCUACAAAGCGGAAAUUAGCUCUGAACAUGGUGUGAUUUCGGAUGAGACCAAAAUCCAGGUACGAGGCAUCCCGCGAUUCAAGACCAAAAUGAACGACGUCACCGCGAACGAGGGUACAAAGAACAUCGAGUUCAUGGUAGAAGUAGACGGUUUCCCGAAACCAAACGUUCACUGGUACAUCGGCGACGUAGAGAUCACAGAGAAGAGGAAAGAAUUCACUCGCACCGAGGAAGGGGACGUCUGCAAGCUAACCAUCUCGGAAGCCAAGUCAGAAUUGAAGGGAAAAUACACCUGUAAACUGAAGAACGAAUACGGGGAGACUAAAAUUAGCUCAACGUUAACUGUGAACACCAGACCGAAAUUGUUGAAGAAACUAUCCGAUUUAAGAGUCAACGAAGGAGAUACCUUGAAGCUGAUAUUAGAAGUAUCCGGUACACCGGAUCCCGAGGUGAAAUGGUUCAAGGAUGGCAAGGAAGUGUCAGCGGAUGCACGAAUCAAGAUCACGAGGGACAGCAAACGAAGAGAAAGCUACGACUUGACAGUCACCCUGGUCAAAGGAUCCGACGGUGGUGUUUACGAGGUUCGAGCUGAGAACGAGCUCGGCUACGUCACCAGCAAAAGCAAAGUCAUAGUGAUGACGAAAACGGAAGAAAGCGUGGAGGAAACGAAGGAAGUGAAGGAGAGCGUCGAGAAGGUAGAGGAAGAAGAGAAGGAAGCAGAGAAAGUCGAGGAGAAGGUGAUCGAAGAGGAGAAGCAACAGGCCGAGGAAUCGGGACCGGAAGGUCGAGUGAAACUGGAGGCACAAAAGGUCCAAGUAACGCGGAGCCAAGGUGACACUAUCACAAUCUCCGUCGCCUCCACGACCAUCCACGAAGCAACGCUGACAGGUCCCGACGAGAGGCAUACGAUCAGCAAGAUGACCGCGACAAAGGUCGAGUGCCAGGAGAUGAACACGGACAGUCCUGGUGUCGAAGAGAUCGCCUCCUACACUUACAGCGUCCAAGAAGAGGAAUCCGUUCAAAAACCUCAGAACGGUGUGCUGAUCGAAGAAUUCUCCGAAGCCAGCGAGGAUAACAACAGAUCCAGACUACAGGUUCACCGUGGAGUCUCGAUCGUUUCCGUUUCCGACGACGAGUCGACUUUCAAGGCAAUUUCGAGGGACAUCAGUACGGAGGACAUGCAGUGCGCUGAAUUAUCCGAGGAUACGAAGCUUCUGAACGGUUCCUACGAAGAUUUCAAUGGAGACAGUCGUUCGGUGGAAGAGAAGAGUCUAGAGAACGUUAGACUUCAAAGAGGAUCGCUGAUCACCGAGACGAUCGUCGAGGAACGAUCUAUAGAUGAGUCGCCGUCUGAGAAAUCAAUUGGUAAAAGCUUGCAACAACCGCAGAAUGCUGUUUUAGAGGAGAACGGUAUGGUUAAGCAGAAAAUAGAGAGGAAACCCUCUGUGGAUCUUCCUGAUCAACCGCAGACACCAACGAUCGAAGAAUGUAAAUCAACGAGACAGAAAGCCGAACGAGCUAAUUCUAUCGACGAGAUUAACGAGAAUAAUGCCGAGGAACGUCGAAAAUCCGUUCCAAAUGGAUUGUCCAGACAGAGUUCCAAGAUAGAGCGACUGGAUUCUGUGGAAUCGAAGAGAGCGAAAUCGUUGUCGAGGGAGAGUUCGUUGAAAGGAACUCUAAGUGGAGAAGAAGAGGUCGACGAAGAGCUGGAGGCUCUUCUAGAUCGCGUUAAACGUCAACGCAGUGUACUCGAUGAUAUCCUUGAAAAGGAAUCGUCCAGAGAUUCAGCUCCUCCUCACAUCAUCAAAUCGACGCUCACCGAUAACUCGAUCUACGAAACCCAGUCAGUCGUGUUCGAAAUUCACGCGACGAGUCUCCCAAGAGCGGACGGCAAAUGGUUCAAGAAUGCGAAACCGAUUCGAAGCGGUGACCGCGUAAGGAUCACCAGUUCCGGAGAGAAAUUCACGUUGGAGCUGAAGAAAGCGACCCUCGAGGACGAGGGUGUCUAUUCGUGCGUGUUCACGAAUAAACUCGGCGAAGCAACCGCGGAAGGAUACUUGACCGUUGGUACCGUCGAUGAUCUUCGAAGGCCAAAGUUCAUCGAACCCUUGAACGAUGUGGAUGUAGCCAAAGGAAACUCUGGAGAAUUCAAGGCUAUAUUUACUGCUGAUCCUAUUCCAGAAAUGACAUGGUACUUCAAGGGUGAAGAAAUCCCACCAGAUGACAGCCGGCUGAAAUUCACCAUCCAGAACAAACCAGUGGCAGACAAACUGACAGAAACAACAGUCACGUUGAAUAUACCUAAAUGUUCCACAGAAGACACUGGAGAGUACACGCUGAAGCUGAAGAACAAAUAUGGCGAGGCUGAAGCUAGCGCUUUCCUGAAUCUCUUGUUGCGCCCUGAGGUCCAAGAACUCAAAGAUGUCACUCAGUCUGUUGGAGAUUCUCUCGAAUGGGAGGCCAUUGUUAAAGGAAAUCCAAAACCAGAUAUCACAUGGGCAAAGAACGGCCAGGUUCUGGAGAAAGGGGAGAGAUUCGAUUUUGUAGAGGAUAAAAGGAACAACAGAUUUAAACUCAUCAUCAAAAGCGUCGAGGUUGACGAUAAAGGAAUCUAUCAGCUAACAGCUAAGAAUUACUUGGGUGAAUCUAGUGCUCAGGGAACUCUGACGCCACACACUGAAACACCAACGUUCACCAAGACUCUGGCUAAUGUCAACUGCAAGGACCGCGACGAUCUGGAGCUGAAGAUUCGGGUAACUGGUAUUCCAAGACCGACGAUCACCUGGUUAAAGGAUGGCGAGACGAUCAAGGAAGACAGUCGUCACAAGAUAACGACCCACGUGGAUGGAAUAGUUGACAGUACAUUCUCCAUCACCACCUUCUCUCACAGCGACGUCGGAGAAAUCAGGUGUCAAGCAACGAACGUAGCUGGAAGCGCACAAUCCAAGUGUAAUCUGAAGAUGAAAUUAAUUACACCAACGUUCGAUCAAGGAUUACCUAAGUCAGCUGAAGUGGACGAAGGAGACUCAUUCGAGCUUAAGGCGAAGAUUGAUGGCAGUCCGAUGCCUGAGGUUGCUUGGUUCAAGGACGGAGAGAAGAUCGUUCCAGAUGAUCAUAUUAAGAUUGAAACGCUUCCUAAUGGCCUCACUAAACUUACAAUCGAUCGCGUGAAUCCUACCGAUUGUGGUGCUUACAAGCUUAUAAUAAGUAAUUCUACUGGCGAACACACUUCUUUGUGCGCUGUUGCUGUUAAACCUGCAAGGAGGAGACCGUCUUUCACAAAACCACUUGAGGAUACCAAAGCCAUCGUUGGACAGCCAUUGAAACUGGAAGCCCAGGUGGUCGCUUUUCCGAAUCCUCAAGUACAGUGGUUCAAGGAUGGAAUUCCGUUGCGCCAGGCAAAGGAAAUAUAUUUCAUGAACGAACCGAACGGUAUGAUCGGUCUCAGAAUCGACAAUGUUCGUCCGGAACACGCGGGCACGUACUCGUUGACCCUCUCGAACUCGCUCGGUGAAACCACUGGUUCAGCGAAGGUCGAGAUCGAGGAGAAAGAAAAACGACCAGAAUUUGUGGCAACUCUUCAACCACUGUCUGUGGUUGAAGGUUUCCCAGCAAAGAUGGAAGUGAAGGUUCUGGGAAAACCUCCACCGCAGCUUCAGUGGUUCAAGAAUGGAGAAGAGAUCAUACCCGAUGGUCAACGUAUCAAAGUCGUCAACCUGCCGGACGGAAGUCAAGCAUUGAUAAUCGACAAAGUGACGCCGGAAGACGCGGGCGAGUAUCAGGUGAUAGCAGGAAACACGGAGGGUACAUCUUCUUGCAAAGGUGUUGUCAGUGUCGUCGGCAAGCUUCAAUCGGAUGUGCCCGAGGAGAAACCUGCCUUUGUCAAUCCAAUGCGAGACGUGUACGUCGAAGAAGGUCAACCGUUGAAUUUAUCUGCCUCCUUCAUUGGCAAUCCGUUACCAGAGGUGAACUGGACCAAAGAUGGAGCACCUCUACAGCCUUCUGAUCGCUUGACUGUAACCUGUGAUGGAAAGAAGACCGAACUAGAGAUUAAUCCUUGCGAACCUAACGACACUGGUGUCUACGAGUGUCGCAUAUCGAAUCCACUCGGCGAUGAUUCCACAAAAUCCACGGCUAAUGUUAGAAAGAUCUUCCAGUCGCCUAACUUUACACAAAAGUUCAAGGAUCUUCAACAAUUGCCCACGUUCGAUGCCAAGUUCCUAGCCCGUGUAACUGGUGUUCCCCAACCAGAAAUCUCUUGGUACUUUAAUGACAAACCAAUCUCGCAGGAUAAUGACAAGUACAAAAUUAAACGAGACGGUGAUGCUUGUUGCUUGUACGUGAAAGACUGCACUUACGAUGAUUCUGGUACCUAUAAAUGCAAAGCGGUGAACAAGAGUGGUGAAGCAGAAUGCGUGGCUGAUUUGGCUGUAGUUGAUAAGAUAGAAAAGAUGCAAAGGGCCGAACCACCAUCGUUCUUGAAGAGGAUCGGUGACUGCGAGGUGUACAGAGGAAUGCCAGCCAAGUUCACAGCGUGCAUCACAGGCAAUCCAGAGCCCGAUUUCGAAUGGUACCGUAACGGUGAUAGAAUAUGGCAAACCGAUAGAAUCAGGACGGAACAGGAAGGUAGUUUGUUGCGUUUGACGAUAGCUAACGUCGACGAGCUGGACGCGGGCAAAUACACGUUGAGAAUAGUAAAUCCUCACGGUGAGGAUUCUUGCAGCGCAGAAUUAAUCUACGAAUCUCUUGAGCCUCGGGCGAAGAAGUCACUGGGAGACCAAUACGCGGACUUCGACAAAUACCGGAAAUCUGGCGUUCCGUUACCCUUAGCCGACCGUCCGAUCAUCAGCAGGAUGAUGGAUCGUCACUUAACGCUCUCUUGGAAGCCGUCCAUUCCCAUCGGUCCUCGUAUACCUGUCACAUACCAAGUAGAGAUGUGCGAGUUACCCGAUGGCGAUUGGUUCACAGCUCGUACAGGAAUCCGUAGCUGUGUCUGUGACAUCCGCAACCUUGAACCGUUCAGGGAUUACAAGUUCCGUAUCCGCGUGGAGAACAAAUACGGAAUCAGCGAACCAUCGCCGUUCGCGCAAACAUACCGCGCGAAAUUGGAGCCUGAUCCACCUAAAUUCUUCCCUUACCUGCCUCCUGGCAUCGAUUUCCGUCCAGAGACCAGCCCCUACUUCCCGAAGGACUUCGACAUCGAGAGGCCACCUCACGACAACUAUGCUCAGGCGCCAAGGUUCCUUCGUCAAGAAUACGACACCCAGUACGGCGUGAAGAAUCAUAAUUGCAAUCUAUUCUGGUUCGUUUAUGGUUACCCGAAGCCGAGGAUGAGCUACUAUUUCAAUGAUCAGCUGAUAGAGUCUGGUGGCAGAUACGAUCAGAGCUACACCAGGAAUGGUCAAGCCACGUUGUUCAUCAACAGGAUGCUGGAACGUGACGAGGGAAUGUACGAAGCUGUGGCUACCAACGAACAUGGCGAAGCUAGGCAAAGAGUUCGUCUACAGAUUGCAGAAUAUCCAACGUUUAUUCAGAGACCUGAAGAGACUAUCGUGAUGAUCAGGAGGACUGGACAGUUGAUUGCUCGCGUCACUGGUGUACCUUAUCCGGAGAUCAAAUGGUACAAGGAUUGGAAGCCUCUUACUUCCACUUCCAGAAUAAGGAUCGAGUUCAUAGAACCCGACACUUCAAUCAUGGUCAUCAGCGAUACUAUCUUGAAAGACGAAGGUCUCUACUCGGUCAGCGCGAGAAACGUAGCCGGAUCGAUAUCCUGUUCCGUUAUGAUUCACGUGGAAGAGAACGAACACGAGUACAGCUACAGAACGUACAAGAGGAAGGCCGAUAUCCAACCUCGUCAUGAUAAACCCUACGAAGACUACUACGAUCUGGGCGACGAACUUGGCCGUGGUACUCAAGGCGUAACUUACCACGCUGUAGAGAGAAGUACUGGAAGAAAUUACGCGGCCAAGGUGAUGCACGGAAGAGGAGAAAUCCGACCGUACAUGUACAACGAGUUGGAUGUGAUGAACAAUUUGAAUCACAAGAAAUUGCUGCGACUACAUGACGCUUAUGAAACUGAUCAAUCUGUUACACUCGUCUUGGAACUAGCUGCUGGUGGCGAACUAGUGGACACUUUGACGAAGCAGGCAUUCUACACUGAAGCAGAGAUCGCUGGAUACAUUCGUCAAUUGCUGUGGGGAUUGGAAUACAUGCAUUCUAAUCACUAUGCUCAUCUUGGUUUAACGCUUGGAGAUCUAUUGAUCUCGCACACAGGAGGCGACGAUUUGAAGAUCUGCGACUUUGGCCUAGCCAGAAGAAUCUCACAAACGAGAUUGAUGACACUGGGGUACGGAAUGCCUGAAUACGUGGCACCAGAAGUGACCAACAACGAGGGAGUAUCAUUCAGCGCAGACAUGUGGUCUGUUGGUAUCGUCACUUACAUCCUGCUGUCUGGAAUCUCGCCUUUCAGAGGCAACAACGACAAGGAAACGUUGCUGAAGAUCAGAGAAGGAAAGUGGGACUUCGAUGAUCGUUGGACGAACAUUUCUGACGACGCGAAAGAUUUCAUUCGUUCGUUGUUGAUGUAUAACGCUGAAAGACGAAUGGAUGUAACAGCUGCUCUGGCUCAUCCUUGGUUAGCCUACGCCGACAAAUCUCCAGCAGAUUUGUACAAGAUUCCGUCAGAAAAUUUGAAGAACUACUAUAAACUGUAUCGUGACUGGUACAACAACGCAUCCUGUCGCACCUGGUUCCGCAGACGCAAAUUAAACACAGCUUUCGAGCAUCCAUCGAGAAUGGUUUAUCCACCUGGCCAUAAAUAUACUCCUGAACCCAGCGACGAUAGAACGUACAGUCCUUUGAAGAAACCCUUGCCUAAACCCUGGGAGAGCAACAUACCUACAAGGGAACCGAUUGAUACUGAGAUUGGAAUUAUUAAGAGUGAAAGCCACUAUCAAAAUGGACCGGACACCUAUCUCCUUCAACUUCGUGACACGGAUUUCCCUGUACGUUUAAGAGAGUACAUGAAGGUUGCGUGCAAUCGUAGCCCUGGAUUCUCACGUUCCAUCGCCGAUGAGAACUUUGACUGGAGGACACCUAUUAUACACGAACGUCGUCGUUUCACGGACGUGAUGGAUGAAGAGAUCGAUGACGAAAGGCGAGCAAGAAUUAACAGAUACGGAUCACCGGACGUUUACACCCUGAGACGUUUGAAACACGAAUUAGGUACACGACUCGAUAGUUACGUAGAGGCGGAGGCGAUGUUGGAAUCCAAGAAAGAAGGACACUUGCCAUUCUUCCGGGAGAAGCCCCAAAUUAAACCCAUCGAGGAAGGAAAACCGGCUCAGCUAGUGUGUCUGGCAGUAGGAAAUCCUAAACCACUUAUUCAAUGGUACAAAAAUGAUAUAAUGAUUCAAGAAAGCAAUAGGGUAAAAGUUACCGAAGACGAAGACGGCAGAUCGAUACUCAGCUUCGAUACAACUAAGGAGCACGAUGUAGGCAGUUACAAAGUUGUCGCGAGAAAUUCCUUAGGACAGACUGUAGUUAGAACCAGAAUGGUAGAAGCGGCUGUUCCUUCCGGCCCUGAUUCCCCCGAGGCUUCCGACGUCUCCGACACUGAAAUACUUCUACGAUGGAAACAACCCAAGCACGAUGGUAACUCUCCGGUUUUGUGCUACCACCUCCAGUACAAAGAAGGCGAUUCGAUCGAGUGGAUAGACGUUGCCUCCAACAUCGACCACGAAUUCUACUUGAUGAGAGACAUGAAACCCGACACAAGUUACAACUUCCGUCUAGCUGCGCGAAAUCGUAUCGGCUGGAGCGAAAAGGGUAUCCCAUCGAAGCUGAUCAAAACCAGACCAACGGGAUGUCCAAAGGUACAGAUCACGCGAGCGAUGAGGCAUCUCCAAGAGCUGACGGAUUCUGGACAGGAAAUAAUACCCGACGAAGACAAGCCACACGUGGAUUACUCCGUCGAGGAACACCCUAUCGAGUGGUCGACCGACACGAAUCUCUCUAGUAAAUACAGCUUCAUCUCUGAGAUAUCGAGAGGUCAGUUUUCUGUCGUAGUGAAGGGUGUCGACAAAACCGCGGAUCGCGUGGUGGUCGCUAAAAUCUUGGAGCUACAGCCGGACACAGAGAAACAAGUGAACAGAGAAUUCGAGGCUCUUCGUUCGUUGAGACACGAAAGGAUAGCGAUGCUAGAAGCUGCGUACAAGGCACCAGGUUCUCCAGUCGCUGUAUUUAUACUUGAGAAACUUCAGGGUGCUGAUAUUCUUACGUAUUUCUCCAGCAGACACGAGUACACGGAAAAUUGUGUAGCCAACGCCAUUCUGCAGAUCUUAGAUGGUUUACAGUACCUUCAUUGGAGAGGAUACUCUCACCUUGAUAUACAGCCUGAUAACGUUGUUAUGUCUACCGUUAGAUCGGUUCAAGUCAAGUUGGUUGAUAUGGGUUCCGCUCGAUUCGUCAGUAAAUUAGGCACAUCGGUACCAAAAGCUGGCCACCCCGAGUACAGAGCACCCGAGGUAUAUAACGAGGAACUGGCUCAUCCUCAGACAGAUGUUUGGAUGGUCGGUGUCUUGAUGUACGUCCUCCUGUCUGGUGUAUCACCCUUCCGUGGCAAAGAUCCUGACGAGACCAGGCAAAAUAUACUGUUUGUGAGAUACAGAUUCGAACAUUUAUACAAGGAGUUGAGUCAAGAGGCUACCAGGUUCCUUAUGCUACUCUUCAAACGGGCACCAAAUAAAAGACCAUUGGUGGAGGAGUGCCAUGAACACAGGUGGCUGCAGCCAUCAGACUUUAUGACUAAGAAACGAGAACGGGCCGUGUUUUUAGGCAACAGACUGAAAGAAUAUAACGAAGAAUACCACGAAGAAAAAUUGAAGUUAGCGUCACAGAAUCAUAGUUUGGCUAGUGAAAGCCUACUAGGGUCUACGCAAAAACUUAUUAGAUCAACUAGCAUACAAGAAGAACUGCUCACCACGUUCUAA